UUGUAUUUUCAGUUUGCGAGGUAUGAGGCCGUGCCACAAGUACCACUGGAGGUGUACAAAAGAGCAGUUACUCUUAAAGGGAUUGUGCGCGCCGUUCAUUCGAAUGGUUACCUAAAAGUGGAACAUCAGCCAACCUUCACAAUGCCUUCCUUUCUUUCAAGGAGGAAACGUGUCCAGCCAGGAUUGCUGGAUGUGCGGCUUGCUGGGAUCGACGUUUCGGAUGCGGGCUCAGAGUAUCUCACGAAAGACAUGCGUCUGAGGAGUACGAGCAUUUUGUUCACAGCUAUCAGACCAGUUGAGAAUAAUCGAUGUAUUGAUGCCGAAGUUUUCUACAACAAGAGUCGAUUUGUACAGACGAAUUUGAAUGUGGAUUUGGUGCGCCGUGGCUUUGCUCGUGUUUUGCCACUGACCAGUGAUGAGCAUGUCGAAGCGCUGAAGACAAACCCCUCAUAUUCCAGGCUCAUUUCGAAACUGAUCAUGUCGGAAAAGAUCGCGGAUCGUCGUGGAUUGGGGCUGUGGACGCGCGACACAUGGGCUGAAACAAUAGCAUCCUACCCGUCCAUCCUCAAACAGCUCAUUCUCUCUGCAGCUAUAACAAGAUUUCUGAUAUCAGCAGUGCUUGUUAGCAAGGAAAUGGCUAUAAAAGGAAGCCAUCUUUCACAACGUGCCAUUAAAUUCCUUGUUGCCCUCAGUCACAGUGUCUUUCUUAUCCUGCAGCAGUUCGUUGGCGCUUCGCUGAAAUUGGGCAGCACGGUGAAGCGAAGGAUUAAUCAACGUUUGUCCAAAUAGUU